AUGGAAAAACAAAGGCUGAAAGAAGAGGAAGAUCGGGAACGGAAGGAUAUAGAGGAGGUCAAUAACGACAAGAUCCUGUUUAAUAAUGAAGACGACGACGAGGAGAAAGAGAAACGUACACCGCCACAGGAAGGGAAUAAUAGACAUCUGGUGCAACAGCCCCAAGACAACAAUAAGGGAGUGCUUCAGGACGAUUUGCCGACAGAGUUUGAUGAGGCGUUUCUUCCGACUGCAUCUAAAAAACUCCUUGAGGAAAAGAUCGGUGUCAAAGCCUUGGACGACUAUUUCAAGAGCAGGCCCCAUAUCAAGCUCGAGCGAGAUGCGGCUGUUAAAUAUAUUUUAGGCCAGGCUAAUAUUGCCUACCGCAACAAUUCUAUUUACUCAGUGGUCAUCAAGCCCAAGGACAAGAUCCCACCUUCAGGCGAUAUUCAUGAUUAUACCUCAUUGGCACGUUACUUCUGGAAGAAUCCAAACACCCCCAGUGGCCUGCCGUAUAUCCGAAUUGAUGGUAAACCCAACCCAGACAUGGACUUGGUAUGGGAUUAUCGGCUUUUGAGAAAAGUCUUUAGGGACUGCUACUAUAUGGGACAGGCAUAUUUUUGGACAGGCGAGGAGCGCUAUGCUGAAAAGGUUGUAUUCAGAGUCAAGCAGUGGUUCCUAGACGAAGAAACCUACAUGAAUCCUAAUAUCAAGUAUGGCAGUUUGAUCUUUGGCAACAAUCUCGGACGUGCUCAAGGUGUCCUUGACAUGUUCAAAGUCUAUGGAAUGUUUGAUGCACUCAAGGCAAUCGAAGGAUCCAAGGCCAUGCAUUCAGAGCCCACAUUGAUUCCUAGGCUCCAGACCUGGUUCAAGUCCUAUAUAAGUUGGUUAGACGAGUCGUUCGAAGCUAAUCAGGAGAAGAAUGCUAAAAAUAACCAUGGCACCUACUUCUCAGUUCAAUACGUCUCUAUUCUCGAAUUCUUGGGCCGUAAUGAAGACGCCAGAGCUUUGAUGGAGGAAGCUAAAGAGAAAAGAGUUGGACCUCAAAUCCGCAAGGAUGGUGCACAGCCCCACGAAACUUUCCGACCUAUCAGUUUCUUUUAUUCGACCUUUAACUUACAAGGAUUGAUGCUGUUGGCCAUCCAGGCAUCUACAUACGAUGUGGAUCUGUGGCAUCAUAGGGGGCCCGUUAUUCAAAGUACGAUCAGAAUCACCUCCAAAAAGAGCGUCACUAUUGAGAGCGGAGGAGGCACAAUAGAAGAUGCGAUCCGAUAUUUGUCUGAGUAUGCAGUCAGGGAUCCAUCCGAGUGGCCCUAUUUUGACUCAGGCACUCGAAACCUAAAAGAUGUACUUAAAAUGGCCAAGAUGGCUAGUGUUGUCUAUGGGCAGAACCAUUGGCAGGUACCGAUCGAGAACUUGGAGGCCAAGAUUGACGAGGAAAUCCCUGGCGAGGGGACUGGUGGGGAGGGGGCCGGGGCUGGAAGUGGCAACACACACAGCACAACGGUUGAUGAAGGGGAUCCCAACAGCUUUAUCUGUGAGCUAGGUAUCUUAAGCAAGGGUCGGUUAUGGCAUUGCUACAAAUAA